AUGGGAAAUGUACAGUCUGGAUCAGCCCUUACACGCACAACGGUUGCAUUGGAUUCGUUUGUAGCAGAGCUUGGAGGAGAUAUCAUAUUUGAGAAGAGCCUGGGUUCUGCACGCUUCCUAAAGACAGUCAAGUGUCGACACAGAAAUGGAUACCUUGUGGUCAAAAUAUUUGUUAAACCAGAUCCUGGGUUGUCCUUGAGAACACAUAAUCGACGCCUGAAGAUGGACAGGGAGGCAUUAGCAGAAAUUGCCAAUAUUUACAACUAUCAAGCCUUCGUCGAGACGGAUAAAGCAGGUUACAUCAUUAGACAAUGGGUCGCAAGUAGUCUUUAUGACCGGAUCAGCACGCGACCUUUCUUGAGCACUGUAGAAAAAAAGUGGAUUUCUUUCCAGCUUCUCAACGCGUUACGUGACGCGCGAAAUAGAAAGGUGUCUCAUGGGGACAUCAAGUCCGAGAACAUCUUGGUCACGUCAUGGAACUGGAUCUACCUCACCGACUUCGCAUCAUACAAGCCCACCUAUCUUCCUCUUGACGAUCCAUCGGAUUUUUCUUUCUUCUUUGAUAUGUCAGGACGCCGCACCUGCUACCUUGCGCCCGAGAGGUUCUAUACUCAGGCCAGCAAUCCCGAGAUCAGCGCAAAGAAGUCAAAGAUAGCGAUGGACGAACUGGAGGGAAAACGAGAUGGGAAGGUCACAGAGCCCAUGGAUUGCUUUAGCGCCGGAUGUGUUAUUGCAGAAGUAUUCCUGGAAGGAGCUCCUCUGUUCACUUUGAGCCAGCUGUUCAAGUAUAGAGAGGGAGAAUACAAGGUGGACAGUCACCUCGGUGCGAUUGAAGAUGAAGGGGUUCAAAACCUCGUCAAACAGAUGAUUAGUAUUGACCCAUCUGAUCGCCCAACCUUUGACACACUGCUUCACACUUCCCGAGGGUCGGUGUUCCCAGAGUCAUUCUACUCCUUCCUCCACAACUAUGUCUCUUCGGUCAAUGAACUAUCCAGCGAAACGUCGAGCAUCAACAACACGUCUGGCUCUACCCCCACACAACCUUCUAUUCCGACGUCAAUAUCCGGGACCACAAUACGACCUAGCGCCUCCGGUACCUUGAAUAGCACUGUUGGUGCCGUGAACGAAGGCAAGAGCGAAUCUUUACCCAGUGACUCUGACCAUAGAAUGGAGAGGAUUUGGUCCGACUAUGCCAGUAUUGAGCCCUAUAUCGCCCCAGAAACAGCUUCGAGCCCUGACAUGGACGUGAAAGUUGAAUACGUCCCCGCUCUCAGCACAACUUCCAAACCGUUCCAGGAUAUAUUACCCGUGGAACUUCACAUCCCUAACCACGAACCCAGUUUGCGGAGCACCUUGCAUUGGAGGCGUUUUGCUGCCACAGAAGAUGGACCUGCUCUAAUUAUCCUGGCCCUCGUCACUGCCAAUAUCCGCAACUGCAGCCUCCCAAGUUCGAAAGUUCGCGCUCUGGACGUUUUCCUCGCAUUGGCUUGUCAUCUAACGGACGAAGCAAAAUUGGAUCGGAUGGUUCCUUAUAUAGUGGAGCUCCUUCAUGACGACUCCGCGUCGGUAAGGUCAUCUGCUCUACGAACACUGAUGCAAGUCCUCAUGCUCGUCUCCGUGAUAACACCGUCAAAUGUGGCCAUAUUCCCCGAAUACAUCGUCCCUAAUAUCAAGCACUUGGUCCAAGACUCCGAAGUGUCAGUCCGCUGCACUUACGCACAGUGCAUCGUUCAGCUUGCGGAUACGGCUGUCCGAUACUUAGAAAUGGGACAAGCGUUAAAAGCGCAUGGGGCCUUCAAGCUUACCCCAGAAGCACACGAAUAUGAGAAUGCUAACAUCGAGAUUUCUUACGACGCGAAUAUGCAAGAGCUGCAAAACCACAUCCAGGAGCAUCUUUCUGCUCUUCUCAUGGAUCCGUCAAGCAUUGUCAAGCGGGCCGUUCUCCACGACAUCUCGUCUUUAUGCAUCUUCCUCGGCAGACAGAAAACAAACGAUGUCUUGCUUAGUCACAUGAUCACAUACCUGAACGAUAGAGAUUGGCUGCUUCGUUACGCAUUUUUUGAAAGCAUCGUGGAUGUCGCUGCCUGUGCUGGUGGAAGAAGUCUUGAAGAAUAUAUCCUACCUCUGAUGGUGCAAGCCCUUUCAGAUGUCGAGGAUUCGGUAGUUGCGAAGGUCUUGUCAGCUCUUACGAGUCUGUGCGAGCUAGGCCUCUUCCAGAAGAUGCGAAUAUGGGAGCUGAUGAGUGCUACUCUUGGAUUCCUGUACCAUCCAAACAUAUGGAUUCGACAAGGCGCCGCAGCGUUUAUCACGUCCGCUGGGCAACACCUUCCUCCAAGCGAUAUUUGGUGCAUUUUGUAUCCGUCAUUACGACACUUCUUGAAGUCCGAUAUCGUCAUAAUCGAUGAACAAAGCUUGCUCAGUGCCAUGAAACCACCGCUUCCAAGACAAAUACUGGACGCGUCAGUCCAAUGGGCAAUGAAAGCCGAGAAAUCUAAUUUCUGGCGAGGUCAGAGGAGAACAACCAAGGUCGAAUCACCGCGAGAAAGCGUCAUGUCCAUGCGGAAAACAGGGAAUAUGAGCAUUGCACGGAAUAAAUCAGACGAAGAUGAGGCACAACUCACUAAGCUGCAACAACUCGGUCUGACAACAAGUGACGAGAAUAAACUCCUUUCAAUGCGUGACUAUAUUCUCAAACUAGCGAACGCUACGUCAAGCUUUGCCUCACGAUUAAACUACGAGCCGGACUCCGGUAGAAGUCUCAAGGUCAUCGGAGACAUCGAACUGCAGAAACUUGGUGUGGUCCCACAAACGGUCUUCCUGAAGGCAAGAAACAGUGAUAUCGGAAGUACACGAAGGUCGAUUGUUCCUUCUUCGUCCUCUCGAAAGUCGACCACGUCUUCGUCACGUAUCCCCAUCCUAAGUCCAUCUCGCAUGUAUCGAAUAUCCAGCGGAGACUAUAGCACGACAGGCGCUCCUUUCGAGGAUCUUCGUCGGAGAUUGGCGACCAUCAACGGAUCUGCAUCUUCAUUGAGCGUCGCUAACACUCCUCGCGACACCAGACAGGCAUUGACCCCCGUGGCAAGUUCUUCAACCACCUCUCUCUCUAAUGCAGUCAGUCCCGUCAUUUCCGAUCGUCCUUCCAGUCCCACCGAAUCCAUUGUUUCGACCACGAAUUCCGUCUCAUUCCGUCCUCUAAGUCGGCUUCAAGUUGGCAGCACCGAUGGUCAAAAGGCUGCUCCAGCCAUCGGUUCAUCCAAAGCAAAUGCGAUUGGCCUGCUCGAUGCUCAUUACAAACUACGUUCGGAGAGUUCUCCAGACGAAUCUGGGCGAUCCUCACCUAUGUCUAUGUCGACUACUCUGCGAGGGCCGAGAGUGGUCCCACGUAACCCCUCUUCGUUAGCUAUUUCAUCAUACGAUGGACAAGAACCGGGAAUCAGCAAUCUGCUUGAAAAUUUGUAUUUGGAUAACAAUCGUGAACUUCAGCAAGACUUCGGCCCCAGGGUGCAUGAUGGGCCUGUUCGCCGCCGAAAUCCAUCGAGGCCCAACUUUUCAUCACGGGAUGCCUCGACGAAGCGUAUGGAGGCAAAUCUCAUCGCCAAUCUUUCGUCACACUCCGAGGCAAUCACUGGAUUUGCGGUAUCUCCUGACCAUAUGUUCUUCGUCUCUUGCUCGGAUGACAAGACAGUCAAGAUUUGGGACACGGCGCGGUUGGAGCGGAACGUGACAAGCAAGGCGAGGCAAACAUAUGGCCAGCACCAUGCAAGAGUCAAAUGUGUUUGCAUCCUAGAAGGGGUCCAUUGUUUCGCAAGUGCGGCGGACGACGGCAGUCUACAUGUGGUCAGGGUUCAUAUCACUCAGAAUGGGGCUCUUCCCAAGUACAACAAACUACAAGUGGUGCGAGAACAUCGAGUCGAGAAUGUAGGCGAGUACAUUACGUGCAUGGCGCACUACAACUCGGAUUCGGCUUCCAACCUCGUGUACGCCACUACUCAUUCUAUGAUCACUGUCUUGGAUCUUCGGACGAUGAAUAUUCUCCAAACAAUGGAGAACCCUCGACACUAUGGGCCGAUUACCUCAAUGUGCAUCGACCGAAAGAAGGCGUGGAUACUUGUUGGUACAUCAACCGGCGUCCUUACUCUAUGGGACAAACGCUUCGGUCUCCUGAUACGAAGUUGGCAUGCAGGCACUUCUGCAGGCGGUCGAUCUGUUAGAAUCCAUCAAUGCGUCGCUCACCCUUCCAGCAAGGCUCGUGGAAGAUGGGUCAUCGUAGCUCUCGAAGCGUCGAGAAGGAGCGCAGACCGAUUGUCUACUACUUUAAUCGAAGUCUGGGACAUCGAGAAGGCUGCGUUGGUGGAGACUUACGUGACGCGAACAGGAUCGCCAGCGGACCCUAUUCCUGAACCUGAAGAGGUCACAGCAGCAGACGCAGAGACUACACCCGCUGCAGCGAUUGCUGCCCUCGUUCGUGCCCGCCAGAAUCAAACGGAUGCACUCGGCGCCUCUCGUUAUCCUCCUCGUGAGGAAUUACCUCAGGCCCCUGCACCCGAUGUUCGUGCCCUCGUUGUAGGGUGGGAAUUUGGUGCCUAUUCGACAACACAAAGAUCGGACUUUGGUGAAUUGGAACAAGUCCCCUCGCGUCCAACAGCCCGAGGGUUUAUGAUCACGGGCUCAGAGGAUUCAAAAAUUCGCUUGUGGGAUCUGGGCAAGUUUGAUCGAACAACAGUGCUUAGUGGAGUAGAUUCCGAUUGUUGCAUAGUACUUUCACGUCUACAAAUGCUGGAGCGACCACCUUUGUCGAAACCUGGCCUCGCGGCCCUCCCGGUAGUUCAGCAAGCCGCGCGCCUCAACGCAUCUCUUUAA